AUGUCGAGCAGGCAGCCUUUUCGCCUGAUCCCUGUGAACUGCCCGUUCGCGGCCAAGGUCAACCACCCGCAGAGCCGCGAUGGACUUAUGCGCACUGACUACAACGGCGAAGGCGAGCCUACCAUCUACCCCAACAGCCGAAAUGGCCCGAAGGGAGAUGCCAAGUACAACUGGAAGCCAGUGCCAGUGACUGGUGUCAUUGACCGCGCUAGCAGCUCGCGUCAUGCCGGCACUGACUCGGAGUAUGACCAGGCACGUGAGCUCUUCACCAAGAUCAUGAGCGACGCUGAGAGGAUGCACCUGUUCAACAAUAUCGCCGAGUUCCUCAAGCUCGCCAACCCCGACAUUCAGGAAAAGACCAUCAUGGCCUUUGGCAAGGUCCACGCUGACUAUGCCCAGGGCAUCCGCAAAGCCCUUGCAGCAGCCUCCAUCCCACCAACUCCCGCUGGCCACGCUGACAUCUGA